AUGGCUCUAUUCACAACCCUCCGCCGCCGCCCAUCACAUCGCGCAGCACUAGGAGCUGCUUCACCACUCUCUCUGACCUCCACCGGCAGCAAAAGUGUCUCUACCUUCUUCACCUUCCGGUCAGCGCGCAACCUAUCGUUAGAUGAUGCGACGGAGGGAGCGGUAGAGUUGAGCGACAUGUCGAACUACCCACGGACGCUAGAGGCGGGGUAUUCGGUCGAAGACGCUUCGUUAUCAUUGUCUUCGGUUCUUCACGCCGCCGAGACGACGCAGGCCGCACAACCCCAAUUACAGCAGCUGCAAACACAGUCGUCACUCCCAGCACCGCAAAUCACGUCAAGCCGACCGUCGUAUCCAACCUCCCUUUACUCCUACUCCUCUUCGCCAUCGGUAUCGUCAAUGGACUCGGCCGCAACAGGCACUGAGCGAGAGCACUACAUGCUGCCGAUGGACUAUGCAUUCGGUGGGGACGAGGACGAUUCUAUGCCGAGUAUAGUUAGGGAGGCUCCGUCCAGCACCGAAGCCCUAAGCCCCGGCAUCGACGCAAUGGAAACCGACGACGCCACCUCACAUCCAGCAUAUCCCCUCUCACCACAACACUCGGGACCACGGGGAGCAUCAUCUUCCCACGCAGGGCCAUUCGCGAUGCGCGGCACCGCAGAAAGGUCGGCGAUGGGCCAAGGGUCGUACUUUAGCGCGGAUGAACCGGGCGGGCCCGGGGGCAAGUUUUUUCAGAAUAAGGAGAAGAUUGCUGAUAAAGGGUUUUUCAACUCUUUUGGUGAUUAUUUCAAUGAGGCGUCGUAUGCGUAA